AUGCCAUUCUUAGCCGCCAUUGCCGAGAUAGCUGCAGCAAGGUAUGAGCGAUCCCUGGUUCUCCUUCGGAAGUGCAUUGAAGACGACACCCUGUCAGAGACAUUCCGUGGAAUGCUUAGAGAUAUUCGUGUUGAUAUUCUGUCUCGAUUACGCCAUCCGGUUUUCUUGGAUGCUUUGAGUUGCCCAGCUGAAUUCUCGCUUUGGAACGAAAAUGAGAAGUUGGAAGGACACCCCGAGGGAUAUGGGAUGCAUGCAGAGACGUUCACGAGUGGGCUUACUGCUAUCAACUUUUUUUCAAGAGCUGAAGUAGCGAGCAUGCGUGAAAACGUCGCGAACACGGCCCGUUUGGUCCUGAUGACGGAUGGAGGACAACGGCUUCAUGGCAGAUUGGCGGUCUUAAAUCAGCUAGCUGAUGUGUUCUGGCGAAAAUGGGCAGAAAAAGACGAUCGAUCUCUGAACUCGAAUGCGGCAGUCCUGUCAGAUUUAGCAGCAUCGUUCCUUGUAGAAAAUGGGGAAACUUAUGAUGCUGGUGAACGUCUUCGCCUUGGUAGGCAACUGGCGUUGUGGGCAGAGAGACUUGGAUGCUCAAGUCCUGCACAUCUGCAUCUGCCGUUGGCUAAAUUGGCUAGGAAGACAGGCAAUCCGAUGUUGGCUGGUGUUCAUCUGCAUAAAGCCAGUAACAACCCGGUGCUCAUCAAUAACAGUCCAGUACUGAACAGCUUAAAGGUCGCAGUACAAGGAACGAAAAUGAUGUGGGAAAUCGCAUCACCGGAACAACGGGCUCGAAGUUUUGUGACCGUAUUCGCAACACUUCAAGGAGGCUAUGAAAUGAUGUGCCAUUCCUAUCAAGUUAUCGCUGCCAACGUAAAUAUGAAUGGCGACAUGGAAGAAUGUCGUGAGAUGAUGGGUUGUGAUCUGGUCGGAAGUCUCCUAGCUGUUGCCACAGAAGUCGCUCCUACUCUUGGUAAAGCCCAUCGUAAACUAGGUGAUUGGGCGUUUAAUUCGGCUGAAAGUGCCGAUAACGAAAAGGAUAGGCUGCUAUUUUCUAAGAAUUAUCGAUUUAUUAACGAAGUGACAGUCAUUUCACGAGCCUUUGGGCCCAAAUACGUCAACGCCGUUCCGUCUUUUACAAUUUAUCCGUUUCGUCCUAUUUCUCCUACAUUUCUUCGCACUUGGGCGGCAAAACGACAUUUUACCGCAGCUGUUCGCUCGGCUAUCCCAUCCGGUAAAAGAGGUUCGAGAAUCAUUGCUGGGACUCUUGUCAAGGCUUUGUUCUCCGCUCCACAUGCCAUAGUUUUUCAAGCAGUCGCGGGAGCUUCAUCCAGUAUGCUAGUGGCAAGUGAGGAUGAUGUGAUUGAAACAAAUGAGAAGGAGGAUGAUGAGAGUAGCAGCAAAGAACGUUGCCUGAUGUUCGAAGGAUGCCGUGUGCUUGUGUCCGUACUUGAAGGUCAUUAUCCCGAUCUGGUUAAGGAUGUGAGAGAAUUCGUCAAUGAACUACAGCGAAUCAAUUUGUUGAAUGAGGAGAGACUUGAACAGAUUGCAGGAUUACGAGUUAUGUCUUCAGGUGGACCUUUUGUGCUGGCCAAUUUGGACCAUGAAAUGGAGAAACGUUUAGAGCAGAUCCGAGCAGAAAGCGAGAAAACGGUCAAUACCGCCCAUUUGGACGAGAAGACUCGUUUGGAUAUAAUUGCCGAGAAAUCGCGUUUGAUUACUUCAUCUGUGUACCGGAUUCUUGAUGAUCUUUACGAGAGAACAUGCCUCCGAGAACCAACUACGCAGAACGAACGAGCUUUCGUGCAGUUGUACGGCGAGAAGCUGCAGUCUGUAUUCGAGCAAUCUCGUGCCAAUAGAAAGAGUCCAGAAAAGUCAUGGGCGCCUUUCAAGCAUAUGCUAGGAAUACUACUGCAGAAGAAUUCUCGUCGUGGUGGCCAUUCUUUGCAAAUGCCAGAGAUAUCUCCAAUUCUAAGCGAGCUGUCCAAGAGCAACAUUCCGAUUCCUGGCCAAGAGAAUAUCGAGUUCAGUGAAGUAGUGACGAUUGACCGCGUAGUAAAGAACGCUCUUGUGUUACCAACAAAGACCAGGCCGAAGAAGAUAGCGUUCAUUGGCAGCGAGGGAAAAGAGCAUAUGUUCCUGUUCAAAGGCCAAGAAGAUCUUCAUCUGGAUGAGCGAAUUAUGCAGUUGUUGCAUAUUUGUAAUCUUAUGCUUGCUGGUAAUUCAUCAAGUCGGUAG